AGAAACUUGUAAAGGCGUAUGGACCGCCGUCGGGCCCUUUCUCAAAGACCAGCUUCGACAGAAGAACUCCAAUGCUGGGCAGUCGUAGUGGCCAAAUUAAAUGCAUGCCGCCAAACAUAUGAAAAGCCAGAGACAAUGGAGACCAUGGGGCGUGUAAACCGGUCCAUCUCCGCAUGGCCGACAAUGAGCGGUGACAACGGAGAGCCACUUGAACCGUUCGAGACGAUCAAAGCGACUUAUAAGAAACUGAGCUCUGGGCUCGCUGAUAUUCAAAAACAUGCUGAAGCUGAAGCGAAAGCUAUUGACGAUGCUCUUGAGUCACUCUCCGUUUUGUCCGCAUUACGGAAGCCAGAGAAUCAGGCAAUCCAAGACAAACGCAACAAACGACACGGGCGUGGUUCUUCCCCGUUGUCUGCUCCCGCGACGCCCACUCCUCCACCAGUGAAUAAGAUCACACUGAGCGUCAAGGUGGACCGGGAUCGAGCCUCUGAAAGUCCUGGUGCUCCUGCGCAACAGCCAUUCAAAGGUGACGCCAAGGCACGGCACAGAUUUUACCAGAAGCAGCUUCCUCUUCAAGAGGGUCGGAAAGUGGCGUUCCACCCUCCAAGCACAGGUGGGGCGGAAGCAGACGAAAACACCUGGAUACUUGCGGUCAUUACGCGGUGCAUAAAUCCAGAAAAGAACAGGUAUGAGGUUCAAGACGCAGAGCCUCAAGAGGAUGGGCAGCCUGGACAACGCUAUUCUUCUAACACAAAGACCAUGAUACCGUUACCUGAUCCUGAAGCAUCGCCAAACAGCCCAUCUCAUCCAAACGCGUAUCCCGUGUUCGGCACAGGAUCAACUGUUAUGGCUUUGUAUCCGGAUACAAGCUGUUUUUAUCGUGCAGAAGUGAUCGAAGUCGUCGACGCGCCUCGGGAAGGCAGGACUGGGUCUGCGAAGCUGGCCUAUCGACUUCGCUUUGAAGAUGACGACGACCAGGUACACACGGUCAAAUCUCAAUGGGUUGUUGAGUGGCCCGGGUCAUAGAUUAUAUCUUUGUGUAAAAUUAUUUAUGAAAUCUGUCCUGGUUAGCUUUCUUUUUGUAUAUUAUAUGUAACCGUUGUCAGUCGUUGUUUUAUUGCUUAUGUAGACAGUUGUAUAUCUGCAAGCAGAGUGUUGUUCAUUAAUGAAAAUUUGCAUUAGAG